CCUACAUCUUCCAACUACACACUCUCAUCUGGCUUCCUCUCUCUCUCUCUUUCUCUCAGCACUCUCAUCUGCCAACAUGCCUCGAUCUUCUGGUGGUGGACGAUCUCGUCCUGCUGCUCGUCCUGCUGCUCCCCCAGCUCAGCAAACUCGUCAACACUCCACUACUGCUCAACCAUAUCAGAACCAAGCGGCUGCUGCCAACCCCGCCACUCAGGUUCGGCCACCGGGUCUUCUCGCUCAAGCCGCUUCCACUAUGGGAGGAGCAGUCGCAGGCUCCGUCGUCGGACACGGAAUCUCCAACAUGUUGUUCGGUGGUCGAUCCCAGGAACAGAUGCCACCUCCUGCCGAGUACGCUCAACAGUCUAUUCAACAGACUGGAGGCUGUGACAUCCCAUCAAAGGAUUUCACCAAGUGUUUGGACGCUACAAACGGCGACAUGACUGCUUGUGGAUACUACCUUGAAGCAUUGAAGGCCUGUCAGGCCGCCGCCAAGAACUACUAGGUCGUUUGUGGUCCGCUCCAGUGGUAAUCAUUGCAUGCAAUAAAUUGUAAAAGGUGAA